ACUUCUUCAAAUUCUAAUUUUCAGAGAAGACUUAACAAUUCUAAAAGAUAUUAAAUGGUAACAUUAACAAAGUUCCUGCUAUUCCGUGUUUAAUCAAUUCAAGACCAUUUACGAUUAAUACAUAAGUUAUUCGUCCAUACUUUGAAGAUUUUAUAAGAUCUUAGCUUUUGCUAUAAAAAGAUACAAAAAACCUUACUCACUAAAAUGGACGAGAAGGAAAACAAACCCGUAGAAGAAACAAAUCCUGAAAAGGUAAAUAAGGGAAAAGAGAAAAACUCUGCUCAGGAUGAUCCACAACCAUCAACCAGUACAUCGUUUCCAAAUUCUCCUGAAUCCACUGCUGAAUCGAUAUCAAAAGACGGUCUUUUUGAACCAACAGUUGAAAUGAUGGUAAACGACUUUGAUGAUGAGCAAACGCUGGAAGAGGAAGAAAGUUUAGCUGCAAAAGAAAUGCAAGAUCCAAAUGCUGAAUUAUCAGAUCUGCAACGUGAAGGUGAAAUGCCUAUAGAAGAACUUUUGAAACUUUAUGGUGCACCAGGACAAAGUUCUACAACAUCAUCAUCUGGAUCUCGAAAACGUCGUCGACGACAAUCACCAAAGCCCACCAAAAAGCCUAUAACAGAAAAUCUCACAGAAGAAUCUACAUUGCAGCCAGCACCAGCAACAAACGCAAACGAAGAAGUUGCUGAAGAAUCACCAGAUGAAGACGCAACGACCACAACAACAACAAACAAUCUUGAAACUUCACUUGAUGAUGAAACAAAUUUUGAAGACGAAGAACCUUCGGAAUUAAAAAAGUUAUAUUCAGGUUUAUAUGAUAAGGGCACAAAAGAUGGUGAAAUGAAGUUGGACCAAUCUUUAUCUGACGAAGAAGAUCUUGAUUACAGUCCCGAUGAGGAUGAAACGAAAAAGACAAUUAUGGUUGGUGGUGAUUAUCAAGCAGUUAUUCCAGAAGGUUUAUGCAUGUACGAUGAUGCACUUCCUUAUGAAAAUGAAGAUAAAUUGCUUUGGGAUCCAUCAAAGCUAAGUGAUAGUGAUAUAGAAGAUUACUUGAGUAAAUUUUCAAAACUUGCAAGCGCCAAUGGUGGAACAAAUUACAUUUCACAAGGUGGGAAGCAUUUGCGUGAUGACGAACAAGCUUUGUUUCUUCUUCUGCAAUGUGGAAAUAAUGAAGAGGAAGCUUUAAGACGCAGACGAUUAGGAAGUGCACAGCCACCAACAACGAUGAGUAUUUGGAGUGAAGAAGAAUGUCGCAACUUUGAAAGUGGUUUACGUUUGCAUGGAAAAUGUUUUCAUGAGAUUCAAGCGUCAAAGGUAAAAACGCGAUCGGUUGGUGAAUGUGUUCAAUUUUAUUACAUUUGGAAAAAGACAGAACGUCACGAUGUAUUUGCAAAUAAAUCACGUUUGGAGAAGAAAAAGUACAACUUGAAUCCGUGCGUAACCGACUUCAUGGAUAAAUAUUUAGAAGAGUACGAUAACAAUGGUGGAACUAAUCGAGACCGCAGUGCAUCGCCAAACGUCAAUAAUUCCAAUUCGCUUUUACUUGCCGACUCGAAGCAUCGAAUUCGUGGCGACUCAUCAACUGUUGGAAACAACAAUGAGAAGAAAUCUUCAUCGUCUGAAGGUGUUGAAAUCAAAAAUGAAUGAUCAAAUUGAGAAAGUAUGUUAAUGGGAGGUAAAAAGGCUUUUAAUGUUGCAUCCAAGAACAGAGGGAAAUAUAAUUGUGAAAUUUUUAACUAAAUAAAAUUUAAAAAAACGAUGUUCAAAAUAAAUAAUAAAAUUAAGUUAUCAAUCAAAAC